CUCGCGCUCUCUUUUUAUCCAAUCUAUCUGUCUAUCUAUCUAUCUAUCUGAUUCUGAGUUGCUUAAGACUAGGGUUUUUGCUUUUUCCAUGGCUCACAAAAUUUCCCACUAUUUUACUGUUCUCUUUGUUUUCAGGGGACUUGUAAACAGUGUUAUCGUCUUCAAUUUCUUCUCUGGGAGCCCCAAUUAGUGCAAAUCAAGUUUUUGAUUGAGUGAAGCUGAUUCGGACAGUAUGGAUGGAGGUGUGGUUGAUGAAGUGAAUGCCGUGGAUGGUGCACACCUCCAAAGUAAGGAUAGCGAGUACUCAUUGAAGUCCAGUAGCUCCAGUAUGCUGGAAUUGCGUCAGACGGUUAUACCUGGUAAGGUUGACGAUGGAAGGACGCCCCAUGUGUUUGAAGGUGAUUUAGAUGGUAAGAUUCUAGACAUAAUUAGUGUAUCAGAACAUUCCUGUGCUGGCCCUCCUUCCAUGGAUGAUGCUGUAGAAGAAUUAACACUCAGAAAUUAUGAUAGUGGGAACUUAGCUAUAGUUGGUGCUUCAACCAAUAGAGAUAGAAUGCAGACUAAGCAGAAUCCGUGGCAGCAUUUGUAUCAAAUAGUAGGUGGAUCGGGAGGCGGGAGCUCCUGUGGGAAUACUGCUUAUGGGGACACCGAUCGAGCAGUAUCCAGUGUUUGGGAGGAUACGGGGAAUACAGUUUUUCCAGAGCUAUUGGGUGACAAACCACCAAAUGACAAUUCGCCAAGUAAUGAAAAUAAACCUUUAUCAAGCAAUACAGUAUUAUCUCCCAGAGGUAUCAGAACAAAAAUUCUGUCUAAAUCUGGGUUUUCUGAGUACUUUGUUAAAAGUACAUUGAAGGGGAAGGGGGUCAUCUGUAGGGGCCCAGCUCGAGUAGCAUCUUCUGUUGAGUUUGGGGCCCAGACUUAUUCGAACGCUGCUGGUGACACUACAAUACAUUCUGAUGCACCAUUGAAUUUGACUGCUGAGAUUGUGGUGCCUCCUUCCCAUAGUAUUGCUGAGACUUCUCCCAACUUCUGCUCCAAUGCUUUCCAUAGUGGGGUCAGUUUGAGAGAGUGGCUGAAAGGUGGACAGAAUAAGGGGAAGAAAGUCAAGAGUUUGUAUAUAUUUAGGCAAAUUGUGGGUAUAGUGGAUUUCUCUCAUUCUCGAGGAAUGUCCUUGCAAGAUUUACGGCCAUCCUGCUUCAAGUUGUCGCCAUCGGAUCAGGUUAUUUACCUUGGUUCAAUGGGUCAGAAAGGAAUGGUGGAGAAUGUUAUGGCUCAAGGCAUUCGCCAAUCAGGAAGUGAUAAAAAUGAGACAGGGCCUUUAGAAUGGGAUAUGUCUCCUGUUGUUAGUCAAUGGGCAAAGAAACGGAAGUUUGAGGAGAACACGAACUUUGCUAGACAGUGGCUUCGGUUUCCAUUAAGUUCUGGCAUCAAAUCCGCAACUUCAAAUGAUGUUAAUGCCAAAAUUGCUGCUCCACAAGUCUCUAUGAGUAGAUUUGACGAUGGGAAUAAACCUAGAACAGAAUAUAACACCCUGAAGAAGUCCACCAGCUCUAAUGUUUCUAACACAUCACAACCGUUGUCAAUUUUCAGUGACCCAAUUGAAGAGAAGUGGUAUACUAGCCCUGAGGAGCUCAGUGAGAGGUGCUGUGCAUUUUCAUCAAAUAUCUACAGUCUGGGGGUUCUUCUGUUUGAGUUACUUAGCUCUUUUGACUCUGCAAGGGCUCAUGCUGUCGCGAUGUUAGAUCUGCAUCAUAGGAUCCUUCCUCCAAAUUUCCUGUCAGAAAAUACCAAGGAAGCUGGAUUUUGUCUUUGGCUGCUCCAUCCUGAACCUGCAUCACGGCCAACAACCAGGGAAAUCCUACAAUCUGAACUUAUAAGUGGAGUUCAGGAAUUAUGUGAGGAUGAGUUAUCAUCAUCCUCUAUUAACGAAGAGGAUGCCGAAUCAGAAUUAUUAGAAGAUUUCCUUGUGUUACUUAAAGAACAAAAACAGAAGGAUGGCUCCAAGUUAGUGGAAGAAAUUAGGUGCUUGGAAGCAGAUAUAAAAGAGGUUGAGAAACGCCAGACUAACAAAUCUUCAGUUCUUUCUUGCUUAUCUAAGGAGUCCCUCACUGUAAGGGGGAACAGUUUCCGUCAUCAAGAACAUUCUAGUUCAGAGGUAAAAUCCUCAUCCUCCCCUGCAUCUGAUAGUGAAAUGAGGUUGACGAGGAAUAUCAGUGAGCUUGAAAGUGCUUACUUCUCGAUGAGAUCCAGUGUUCAUCUUUCUGAUAAUGCCGCAGCAACACGUGCUGAUAAAGAACUGUUAGAAAAUCGAGAAAACUGGCAUCAGUCAUGGAAGGACAAAGAGAAACACAGAUCCACUGAUCGCCUAGGGGUCUUCUUUAAUGGUUUGUGCAAGUAUGCUCGCUACAAUAAGUUUGAACUACGAGGGUUAUUAAGGAAUGGAGAUUUUAGUAAUUCUGCAAAUGUCAUAUGCUCUUUGAGCUUCGACCGUGAUGAGGACUAUUUUGCUGCUGCUGGGGUAUCCAAGAAAAUAAAGAUAUAUGAGUUUAAUGCACUCUUCAAUGAUUCUGUCGGCAUUCAUUGUCCCGUAAUUGAGAUGUCAAACAAAUCAAGGCUCAGCUGCAUUUGCUGGAAUAGCUAUAUCAGGAACUAUCUUGCUUCAACCGACUAUGAUGGUGUGGUGAAGUUAUGGGAUGCGGGAACUGGUCAAGGUUUUUCUCAAUUCAUUGAGCACAAUAAAAGGGCUUGGUCUGUUGACUUUUCUCAAGUGGAUCCCACAAAAUUAGCUAGUGGAAGUGACGAUUGUUCUGUCAAACUCUGGAGGAUUAACGAGAAGAACAGUUUAUGCACAAUAAGGAAUAUUGCAAAUGUCUGCUGUGUUCAGUUCUCUUCUAACUCCUCUAAUUUGUUGGCUUUUGGCUCUGCGGAUUACAAAACCUAUUGCUACGAUGUUCGGAAUGUUUCAACACCCUGGUGUAUAUUGACUGGCCAUGAAAAAGCUGUUAGCUAUGUGAAAUUCUUGGACUCUGAAACCCUUGUUUCUGCAUCUACCGACAACACACUAAAGCUUUGGGACCUCAAUAAAACCAGUUCCAGUGGUUUAUCAACCAAUGCUUGCAUCUUAGCCCUCAGAGGCCAUACUAACGAGAAGAACUUUGUGGGUUUAUCUGUUGCUGAUGGAUACAUUGCAUGUGGUUCAGAGACAAAUGAGGUGUUUGCUUAUUAUAGAUCUCUGCCUAUGCCGAUCACUUCCCACAAAUUUGGUUCCAUUGAUCCUAUUUCUGGAAAAGAGACUGAUGAUGACAACGGACAGUUUGUUUCAAGUGUCUGCUGGAGACGGAAAUCUGGCAUGGUUGUUGCUGCUAAUUCCAGUGGGUGCAUAAAAUUGUUGCAGAUGGUUUAAAAUAAAGGCGAUCCAAUCAGGGAUCAAUUGUGGAAUUGCUAUCACAAAUGGCUUUGCAGCAUGCAAUUUCUGGCUGUUAUGUCUGAAGCACCAUGCUUCAGUGUGGGCUGGAUGUUUAACCCCAGGAAAACUCAGAAAAUCUGAAGACAUUCCAGGUUCUCCUGCUCGUGAAAUAGAAGGGCUUCUGGUUUUCGUCUCUACUCUAAGUCUCAUGAUGAAUCUUUUGUGGUCCUGAGCAUUGGGACAGAAUGGAAGUCUAGGAAUUGAAUCAGAUUCAAGAACUAUGAGCCAAACGAAUGACAGCAGUGUCUUCGAAGACACUAGAUCUUAGAACUUCAUAGUUCAUAGUUAAUGCAGCCCCAAGAAAUUGCUAGAUGAAAAGCAGAGAUCAUGUUGCAGUUGCCAGAGAUGCCUGAAUAACUGCUCUCAUGUUUGCCAAGAGAUCUACAUCAAAUCCAAUGGUAGCAGAUUGGCUUUUCAGAUAAAGCUAUAAUUGCCAUUUGUUUGAUUGAAACUUGAGGUUGUGAUGAAAGCUGGCAUUGAUUUUGGAUCAGAUUCUCAGAACUGAUCUGUACUAGGCGUAAAGUCCCAUAAAUUUUAGAUGGAGGACUCACGUAUGUUACCGUGUUGACUGUUCAUAGGAUACUGUUGCAGCUUAGGCAUAUUUGUUGAUUAGACAUCCUGUAAGCAGGGUUAAACAAUUGGAUUGUUGCCAAACCUUACAUUGCAUCUAACACUCGAUCAGCUGAUUGUAUAUUUCCUAUAUACUUGAUGUAUAUGAGAUUUUUUUGUUAGAAUAUGUGACUUGUUCCAUGUAUGUGUGACUUGUUCUAUAUGCUAGUCAA